AUGGAGAAUAACCCGGUCGGAAAUCUCGCACGCUUAGUUCUUGCCGUUGAUAGAACGCUUCAAGACAUUCAUAAGAGGGGAGGAGGACCAUCCCCUCUGGAAUGUACAAGGGCGGACGAAUACGAUGCUUGCGCCAACGAUUAUAUGGAUCCGCACAAUCCAAGGUUAUGGUCCGAUGCCGCACCCUUUCGUCUCUUGAAGGCAUUCUGGGCUAGUGUCAAAACUAGCCAGAGGUGGAGUUACGGUAUUAAAAAGGUAUACAUCACUGGCGUUACGCCUCUGCUUUUAAGCGACCUUGUCAGCGGUGCGAACAACCAAGAAAACGUCUCUUUCAAUCCAUUGUUUUCAACCGUUUGCGGAUUAACUCGAUCCGACGUACUAGGAGCACUAAGGGUUAUCUGCAACAAUGAGGAAGAGGUGCAAAAGCACCUGAGGGAAUUGGAACACAACGCCAAUGGCUAUCAUUUCUGCGAUGAACAGAGUGUAGAGCCGGUGUUCAACACCCAUACUGCUCUUUCAUAUCUUGAAGCAAUUAGGGAGGGAAGAAGACCUAAAGGCGUGGAAGCUCCCAACUCGAAGGUCUCUGAGAGCUUCUUAGAGGCUUGUACAGGGGCACCUAGAGCUGUGAACGAGAUACAAUUAGCACUUCAAAAGGACGAAGGCGGCGCUUACCGAAAGAUUUCAUAUGACACAGUUGCUCCGCAGCUUUAA